AUGGCGAAUGCUCCGUCAUUUUCAUCCCUCCCGGUCGAAAUCCAUCUCGAGAUCAUCGACCGUCUUGAUGGCCCAGCGCGGUUUGCGCUAGCAUAUACCAGUCACUACUUUGAGCAAAUUGUAACGCGUCAGGUGCCACCGCCAACCAACGCGGAUAAACUCGGCUAUCUCUGUGAGGCAGAGAAAUGGCCAGUAUACCACGGCUACUUCGCCUGCAACCAAUGCCUCAAGAUGCGCCCUGCCAACGCCUUCUCCGCCAAACAGCUGCAGGGCAAACGAUCGCGUGGCUACUCGGAAAACGGGCGACGCUUCUGUCUGAGCUGCGGCAUCCGCAGACACAUCUACCAGCCCGGUCAUGUCAUCCCGAUUGAUAAGCGCGGCCGGUUUGCCGUCUGCUGGUGCAACAAGUUUCCCGGCACCGGGUCGUAUUCUCUGCUCUUUGGCGGCUGUACGCGGUGCGGUGAGGCCAUACCUGUCAUCCACUAUAUCUGGGGGUAUGCGUAUCAGCCCUGUUUGGAUUACUUCAGCUGUUGUUCCUGUGGCUAUAAAGGGAGCUUGAACAGUCUUGAUCGACCUCUAUGCGGCCAGCUCGACGAGAUCAUCCAUCAAUACCGCACCAUGCGGCCCGAGAUGGGUUGA